AGAGACGGAGAUGCAGCUGUCGUUGCUGCUGCUGGUCUGUUGCGGGCUGGGGGGGCUGGGGGUCCCCCGGGUCCCCGCGGCCCCUGCUGAAGGCAGAGCUCCGCCCCCCUCGGCGGUGGCUGCAGCCGUUAGCGGAGACGGCGUGCUAACGUGUGACGUCACGCCGCCGGUCCGCGGGCUGCAGGUGGAGAUGCUGGAGUGGUACCACGUGAGCGGCGGGUCCGAGCGGACGGCCUACGUCCACCGCAGGAACGAGGACAUGAGGAAGGACAUCGCAGACGAGUUCCGGGGUCGGACGGAGCUCGGCGAGGACGGAUCCCUGAAGAUACGACACCUCACGCCCAACGACAGCGGCCAGUACCGGUGUGUAGUUUGGAGACGGUCCAGAGCCGAAGCUUCAGUCUCGCUCCGCGUCUUCCAGGUGGAGAGGCUGGACGUGGGCGUGUCCCGGACCGCGGACAACCAGCUGCUCAUCCUGUGUGAGACCAGGGUCCGGAACCUGCCGCCGAAGCCCCUCCCCCUGAUGCCACUGAAGCUCUCCCUUUUGGACGCCGGCGGGAAGCCCCUCCCCCUUUUGGACGCCGGCGGGAAGCCCCUCCCCCUUUUGGACGCCGGCGGGAAGCCCCUCCCCUUGGUGCCGGGGUCGUGGGUCGGUGCGGAUCAGGUCCACUCGGUCAGAGCCAGGUUCCCCCCCCGAGGACCCCCGGAGGGCGGGAUGUUCACCUGCAGGCUGCAGGUCCCGGAGCUGGACUUGGUGGAGGACCGGAGGAUCCGGAUCGCUGACCAGUUCAGUCCCCAAGCCGGACCUGGUCCUCUGUCCUGGACUAUUCUGGUUGUCUCCAUCCUGCUGGCGGUCCUGGUCCCCGUGGCAACGGUGCUGGGCUUCAAACUGGGCUGCAACAAGGGCUGGCAAAGUAACCUGGAAGAAUUCUUCAGAAAGACCUUCAAGUUGGGCAGUGGACAAGCAGGUGAGCUACAUCCACCACACAACAUGGAGGCUAGUUCCUGGUCAGAUUUGGUUCCUGGUCAGACGUAG